UGAUUAUUUUGUCGCAUAAUCGUGAAACAAGAUAAAUAAAACGUGUAGGAAUGCGACAGGGAGAAGAUUUAAGAAGGGGCCGACCGAAUGGAAUAUUACUUGAGCACGAUACGUCUUACGUGAGCGCAGCACUAGAAAGCGCAUUUCACCGGUGGAUCUCGAAAAGUGAACACCGACGGUCGGAUCCGAAAAAGUUUUUAACCACUCCCGACGUUUCGGGUUUUCGAUCCUCGUUUCCGUCGACGCAGAACGAAAAUAUCGAUAUCACAUAGUCUGAUUAACCGCGGAAAUUAAUGGUAAUAAAAAAGUGAAACUUAAUCAAGAAUAGAAAAUUAAAAUAUUCUAAAUUUUUGUUUGGACUUGAUUAAUUUGAAGAACUGAUGUGACAGUGAUUAUUUUAUGAACGUCCUUGCAAUCUGUUUGACUAUUAUCAAUUUCCAUAUGUUCCUCGUUUUGGCAAAAACAGAUUGAAAUACCAAGUGAAACAGUGACCUUUCGAAGUAGAUUCAUGCAGAGCAAUGUCUCAUUUCAUCAAAAUAUGUUUGCUGAUAUCAACCCUGGCCUCGCUGGGGGAGUCUCAAUCAUUUUUGGACGCGAUAAAAACUUACGGACCACCGCCGGUCGUCCUGAAUAGAAUCGACCCUAACAAUAAUAAAUACGACUUCAUCGUGGUUGGCGCCGGGUCGGCUGGUUCCGUUCUAACCAACCGUCUGUCGGAGAACAAAAAGUGGAACAUUCUCUUAUUAGAAGCUGGUGGACCGGAGACACUGCUCCACCAGAUUCCUAUACUGGUCGGUUUCUUUCAAUUAACCAAUUUCAAUUGGGGAUACAAAGUAGAGCCCCAGGCGAACGCCUGCUUGGGCAUGAUCAACCGGCAAUGCUCCUGGCCGCGAGGUAAAGCUCUGGGUGGUACCAGCACUCUUAAUUACAUGAUCCACACACGUGGAAACAAGCUCGAUUACGAUAUCUGGGCAGCGCUGGGGAACGAGGGAUGGUCUUACAAGGACAUUCUGCAUUACUACAAGAAGAGCGAGCGAUUCGACGUUCCAGGCAUCAAGAAUUCGACGUAUCACGGGUACAAAGGUAACUUAUGCGUGGAACACGUGCCUUAUCACACGGAGCUGGCGACAGCGUUCCUGAAAGCAGGCAAGGAGCUGGGCUACGACAUCGUCGACUACAACGGCGAGGAUCAGAUCGGAUUCUCGUACAUCCAAGCGAACACAGACAAGGGUACAAGAUGCAGUGCCUCGAAGGCGUAUCUACGCGUGAACAGAGCGAACCUAAACAUCGUGACCGGUGCUAUGGUGACCAAAGUCCUGAUCGACGACGAAACUAAACGCGUUUACGGUGUCGAGUACAUACAGAAUAAUCAGAAUAAGAAAGUGUACUGUUCAAAGGAAGUGAUCCUCUCGGCAGGUACCAUAGACUCCGCGAAAUUAUUAAUGUUAUCUGGCAUAGGCCCCAAAGAGCACUUGCAAGAAUUGGGAAUUAAAGUAAUCGAGGAUUUGCGAGUCGGAUACAACAUGUACGAGCACGUGGGUUUUCUAGGCCUGACGUUCUUAGUGAACCAACCGGUCUCGUUGCUGCAGAGCAGACUGGCCAGACCUAGCGUGUUCAUAGAAUACUUCUUAAACAGAAACGGGUUGAUGUCGCUUCCAGGAGGUGCCGAAGCCUUGGCGUUCCUCAGAACUAAAUACGCGACCGACAGCAGACCGGAUGUCGAACUUUUGUUCGCGUCUGGGUCUCUGCACUCGGACGGAGGCUUACCGUUGAAGAAAGCUCUGCGAAUAACCGACGAACUUUAUAACACCGUUUAUAAACCGAUCGAGAACCAGGACGGCUGGUCCAUCUGGCCGAUCAUGCAGAAUCCCAGAAGCGUCGGCAGGCUCACCUUGAAAUCAAAGGACCCGCUCGAUCCUCCUAUAAUGCAACCGAAUUUUUUUACCCACCCGGCCGAUGUAGAAAUUAUUUUAGAAGGCAUCAAACACGCUAUCAAUAUUUCGAAGACCGAACCGUUCCAGAAAUACGGAACCAGAUUGCACUCUAUUAAAAUUCCUGGGUGCAGAGCGUACGAAUUCGCCAGCGACGAUUACUGGCGCUGCGCUAUUAAACAUCUACCGUCGAUGAUGAACCACGAGAUAGGAACGGUUAAAAUGGGACCGAAAACUGACCCCGACGCCGUGGUGGACCCACGGUUGAGGGUGUACGGAAUUCAAGGAUUGAGAGUUGCCGACGCUUCUAUAAUGCCGACGAUGCCCGUGGGUCACGUGAACGCCGGUAUUUACAUGAUCGGCGAAAAGGCAGCUGAUAUGAUCAAACAAGCCUGGCAGUGAUAAUUGAAAGACUUAAUGAUCCUGGCUUCAAGGCUGACGAUCUUCGUACAGGAUGUUUACGUGAUACUGAAUUAGAGAGCACGUGAUGCACCUCUGCGAUUAGUUUCGUGCUUAUCGUGAAUAUUAUUCCUGGGCCAACGAUACGACGCGAGACCGAGAUUUUUUCCUUAUAGGAAAUCGACUGUACGAUCGAUUGAAACAAUCUAUAUGAUUAACUUCGAUACCAGCGUAGAAUGACUCGUUCCGAACUACUGAACGAUUAAUUGAAACCGUGAAAUAUUAUGCAACCGAAGAGUCUUCGGUCAUACGACAAUUUCGGUUGAUCAGCUAGAGGAGAUAAUGAACGAUUUGCGUGUAGAACGCGAGGCGAUCAGGUGACCCACAUAAUGUUCAUUCCGGUAAAAGGGAACCCCGCGUGUAAAAAUACGCAACGCGCUUAUCACCGAUGACGUAAGCGGCGAGAUGAGUCAUACGUUGUUCGCGUUCUGAUAUCGACUUCCGCGUAGAAUUGGAAGAUAAUCUCGAUGGAUCAAGCUACUUCUACGAAUAUCCUUUGUUUAUAUCGACUGUCGUGUCACGGGUGAUAUUAGUGCCAUGCGACGAAUUCCUUUUGUCUAAUUACGAAUAAACUUUUAAUUUCAUAUAUUAGCUACUGUUUAAUAAUUACGUAGAAAAUGUAUUCAUGUUCACAUCUAUUUAAUUUAUAAAUAGACGUGCAUUCGUACAGAAGAUAAAUUUGCAUAUUUGCUUGUUUAACGGAUGGAGGAAACUAUGUUUAACUCUUGCAUUCGUCAAAACAAGCAGACAUUUAUUUUGCAGAAAAUUAUUCCUAUUUAUGCGAGGAUUUAAUGAAACUAUGAAUAGAAAAAUAGAAAUCUAAUGUUAUAAUACUA